CCUUUACAGGAACUAGCUACAAUGGUGGAGUUGGUUCUAGGACUCCUCGUGAGCGGACUACUGUGGGUUUGUUCGUACCGAGCGCUCUGUCUCAUUAACGCUCGCUGCAGUGCGGAAUGGAACUGUCGCCUAGUUACGGCUGCCCAUGGCGUCCUCAUCACGUGCCUGUCUUACAAGAACGGCUUCAUAGACAACCGCUGGCCCUUCACUGAUCCAGGCCUGCCUAACACACAGUAUGAGGUACAGAUCAUUGUGCUGUGUCUCGGGUACUUCAUGUUCGACUUCUCCUGGUGUGUGUACCACGGGACGGAGGGGAUCGUCAUGCUCACUCAUCACUGUGCAAGUAUAUUUGGGCUCACUGCAGCCCUGAUACUGGGGGUAUCCGGUACAGAUGUGAUCGGCGUGAUAUUCGGAGCAGAGCUGACAAACCCGUUCCUACAGUUACGCUGGUUCUUAAAGGAAACGGGACGCUACCACACCCUCCUUGGCGAAAUCAACGACUUUCUCUUCAUCAGUCUCUUUGCUGGCGUUCGUAUCGGCGUCGGCGGUUAUUUCUUCUACACAGAAUGGACCAACGAUCGACCGCUGUUGCUGUUUAAGUUAGGGGGAACGUUACUUUAUAUCGUCAGCUGGGUUUUCAUGCUGCAGAUUGGGAGGUUUGCAAUAAGGAAAUACUCGAGAAUGUAUAGAGAAUGGAGAAUGAAAAGCAGUAGUCAUAAAAUGAAGGUUAGUCAUAGUAAUGGUGCUUUUAAUCAUGUCAAGUAGAAUAAAUGCUGAUAGUGAAAAAAAA